AUGGAAAGCCUUCAAGUACAGCUUGACCAAAUUGAACAAGUUUUAUUAGAGGAAUUAGCAAAAUCAGAGGGAUCUUUACUUGAGAACAACUCUCUUUUAGAAUCUCUAAAUCAGAGCAAAGAAAAGGCUGAGAAAGUUGCAAAAGGAAUAGUCGAAUCCAAACGGCUCCGUGCUGAAAUUGACUCGAAACGUGAGGCAUUCAGACCCUUUGCUGAGCGUUGUGCUCAACUUUACUUUGCCAUACGUCCAUUAAAUAGUAUCAAAUCUUGUUAUCAAUAUAGUGUAAAUGAUUGUAUUGCUUUGUUUCGAAAAUGUUUUGAUUCUAAUAAUGUAAACGAUACACGGCCUAAAACAACUACUGGGUCAGAGGAAGGAGGAAAAAGUCACUUGGAAAGGAUUUAUCGCCGUUUGAGACAAAAAUUGUUUGAAUAUAUUUCACUUUCUUUGUUCAAAGAGGACAGAUUGACUUUUGCAAUGCAAUAUUUGCACCAGGAAGCUGUUUCUGGAGGAGGGGGACAACAUUUAUUUGCCCCAAAGGAAUGGGAAUUGUUUACUGGUGUUUUACAAUUACCUUCUGAAAAUGUAGGAGAAAAUUAUAGUCAAUUAUCCCAAAUUGGAUGGCUGUCAGAUUAUCGUGAUAAAAAACAAGCAAUUGAACUUAUUCGAACACAUUUGCCUUCUCUUUUUCAGCAAAUGCAGAUUAAUGAUCAACAGGCUUGGGCUGGUUUUAUGAAAUCGACUGAAUGUGAAAAUGCAUAUCCUCCUAGUAUUAAUUCGCGUCUUAGUGAUUUUCAGAGAGUUUUGAUUAUUCAGGCUCUCCGCCCCGAUCGUCUCCAUGCAGGAAUAAAUCGUUUUGCAUCAAAAGUUCUUGGAAUAGAAUCUCUAAGUUCUCAACAUUUGGAUUUACUUGCUAUACAUAAAGAAGAGCCUUCUUCUCGUCCAAUUCUUUUGUUAGUCUCCCCUGGCUCUUCUGCUGAUCCUAGUGCCGAAUUAAUUGAAUUUGCUAAACAACAACAAAGAAAAUUUCAUCAAAUGGCUUUUGGCCAACCUGGGACGGAAUCUAUUGUUUUACAAAUGCUUAGACAGUGUUUUAAGGACGGGGAUUGGAUUUGUUUAAGUAAUGCACAUUUAUCUGCCCCUUCAUUACUUGGGAAAUUAUUGGUAGAAAUCUCGUCAACAAUAGGCCAGUCAAAUCUAAGUAAAGGAGAGUUUCGCCUUUGGCUUACAGCCGAACCCGAAGAACAAUUGCCUGGAGUAUUUUUACAAACUUGUGUGAAAAUUACAUAUGAGACACCUCCCGGUAUUAAACAAAAUUUGGAACAAAAUUAUUUUGGCCAAGAAAUGGAAAUUGCCCCGAAAAGUUUAUCUAAUUUAAAAGCUAAUUUUCUUUUGCAUUGGCUACAUGCUGUUAUACAGGAAAGAAGAAAUUUUAUUCCUCAAGCAUGGCUAAGGUAUAUGGAAUAUUUUUAUAACUCAAGACUUUAUUGA